UGUAAAUGUCUUAUCACUCCCAACUUCUGAUCAAUUAUUUGUUUUGAGAUUUUUUCAAAAAAAAAUGUCUGACACCCUCAUACUGUCAUACAUACAAAGAAGUUCUUAUUUAUAUUUUUACAACGAUGAAAAACAAAGUUAUGCAAUAACAUUUGACGUUUUGUGCCAUUGCAAUUUUACUAAUAUGAUUUGGUCAAACUCCAACGCAAGAUGCUUAAAUGGGUAAAACACAUCCACAAACAUGUCAAAUGUCAUAAACUCAAACACCUAAAAAAUAAGUAUAAAAUAAGUAUGCCCAGUUGAGUACAAUAUGAUAUAUACAAUGAAUAUACAGACCGUUCAAAAAAUUUAAUACAACUCGGCUAUGCAGUCCAAAACAGCAAUAUAAUUCUGGUUUUUGGCUAAUAAACUCGCAAAACCAGUGGUUUUCAUUACACUGUUUUCUUCUACAUAUCACCACCAUUUACAUAAUCAAGAUAACCAUAUUAUAUAAUCAUAUUAUUGGUUUUAAAGUUGAUUUGGUAAAAUGGUGCUAGUAUAAAUAACGUCGAGAAAUUCAUGAGAAUUUUCAUUACCUAAAUACAUACAUCUCUCUUUAGUAUCAUCUCUUCUUUUGACUUAACAAAAAUCAUAACAUGUCAUCAAAGGUUAGCCAUGUGGACGAUGUCGAGCUCUCAAAAAUGGAGGAAGGUUCGGUCCAUGGCAAAAGCAAUCAACCAACCACCAUCAAUGUGCCCACUAAUGCAUCUUCUAGUUCAGAUUUCUCAGUCAUACUUGCAACUAUAUUGCAAAAGUUGUUAGCAGAGUUCAUCGGAACAUACUUGAUAGUUUUCACAGGAUGUGCUGCAAUUAUAGUGGAGAAAACCAAAGGCGAAAUAACUUACCCAGGAAUAUGUGUUACUUGGGGCUUAAUCAUCAUGAUUGUAGUCUACACAUUGGAGCAUGUUUCUUGCCAUUUUAAUCCAUCAGUCACCAUAACUUAUGCCCUUCUAAGAGGAUUUCCUUGGAAACAGGUUCCUUUCUAUAUUGGUGCUCAAAUAAUGGGAUCAAUAUUUGCUAGUGGCACUUUAUAUCUUUUGCUUGAUGUACCUCCCAAGGCUUAUUUUGGGAAUCUUCCAUCUGGGUCUGAUGCUCAAGCUGUGGUCAUGGAAAUCAUUAUUUCUUUCAUCCUCAUGUUUGUCAUUUUUGGCACUGCCUUCGACGAAAGAGCGCACAACCAAUUUGCUGGGGUUGCUAUUGGAAUGACAGUACUCAUGAAUGCCUUGAUCGCUGGGACAAUUUCAGGAGCAUCAAUGAAUCCUGCAAGAAGUAUUGGUCCAGCGAUAAUCAUGCAUGUUUACAAAGGGCUUUGGAUUUACAUUGUUGGCCCAACAAUUGGGUGCAUACUCGGUGGAAUUACCUAUAUUUCUAUGAGAUAUAUGGACCAAGUUCCAUCUAAGGUCACAAGUUGGAGUAACUCCUUUGAGAAGAAGUUUGUCAAUUGGUUCAGUAUUUUGAAGGGUAAAUUUUUUGAUGCAUUCCACAAAGUUCAUUAGACCAAGCAUAGUAAUUAGCCUUUGAACUUGUACAAUAAUUGUAAACAUCAUUCUCCACUCUUUUUACAUUUGUUAGAUCCAAUGUAUAUAUCAUUCUUCCCAUUUGGGUUGUCUAACAACCAAAAAAUUAAUUUGGGUGGCUAGUAAAACACUUUGUACUACUUGAGUAGUAUAGCAAGACUUUUGUGAGUUAGAACUAGUAAUCUUUCUA